GUAAACCGUGCAGCCCUGAACUUCGACGCUGUGUCGUCGUCUUUGAACCAAUCCGUUGAACGUAAAGCUUCACUUGUAUUCGUUUUUUCUCCACAGAUCCUUCGUUUUCUCCUUCCUCUUCCUUCUUCUUCUUCAUCAAUCACCCAGGAGAACAUCCGAUCUUCCCCUUCCUGUUGGAUUCUCACAAUUUCUAGGGUUUGCGAGGAGCCCCUCAAAGGAGAUUUCCUAAUUUUUCCUUUGGUUUCAAAAGGGGUAGCUGGAUCCUUUAGCUGCUUAGUAAUGACCUCUAGCACGACAGGAGAUCGAAGCAGAUGGGGUACUACAAGAAGAAGUGGCAUGACUAUAUUGGGAAAGGUUGCUGUUCCAAAACCGAUUAACUUGCCAAGCCAAAGGUUAGAGAAGCAAGGCCUUGACCCAAAUGUGGAAAUUGUUCCAAAGGGAACCCUUAGUUGGGGUAGUAAAUCAUCCCUGAAUGCGUGGGGGACAUCAUCGUUGUCACCACGAACUGAAAGUGGCCCUGGUUCACCAAGCCACCUUAGUAAUCGCCCUUCUUCUGGUGGAAGCGUCACUCGACCUUCAACUGCUGAUAGUGACAAAGCGCAUGAUUCUUCUUCUAUUGCAUGGGAAUCGAACUCCCGGCCUUCAUCAGCAUCCGGGGUGUUUCCAUCUAACCAGGCAUCAGUUGCACUACAGCGCCCACAUAGUGCAGACACAAGACCUGGAAGUUCCCAGUUAUCCCGAUUUGCUGAAGCCGUCUCAGAUACUUCUGCAACAUGGAGUCAACAUGGUGUUGCUCCGACAAAAAAUGAUGGGUUUUCUUUGACUUCUGGAGAUUUUCCUUCCCUUGGUGCUGAAAAAGAAAGUUCUGAAAAGAGCACAAGGCCGCAAGAUGCUGGACCUCACGCUCGUCCUGCAUCUUCGUCUGGAAGACCUGUGGAAGUGCAAGGUGUAGAUUGCCCAGAAGGUUCUAAUUUUCAAACCUCUUUUUCUUGUGUGGAACCUAAUGUAAGGAUUGGAGAUGCCAAUACCUGGAGAAGAGAUAAUCAACGAUACAGUGAAGAUGCACCUAGACAUUAUAGAGAAGACGGGCAAUUGGACUCCCGCGGUUCACAAUCCCAUCCCACUGCUAAUUUUCCUCAUCAAUAUGAUGCUUGGCGUGGUCCUCCAGUAAAUAAUCAUCAAGGUGGUGGCUGGUACAGAGAGAACCACCCAUAUGGUGCCCCAAUGGUUCCUGGGGGGUUUCACGUGGAGCCUUAUCCAAAUUAUCCUACUCAAGUUCCACCUGGUCCCGGACAUUUGGCUGGUCCUAGGGGUAAUCACCAUACUAAUGGAAAGUUGUUCAGACCUCCAAUGCUGGACUCCUAUGUCCACCCAAGGAUGCAGACUAGGCCUGAGUUUUAUCUUGGUCCAGUGCCACAUGAAGGCUAUUAUGGUCCUCCCAUGGGUUACGGCACUCCCAGUAACAGAGACCUGCCUUUUGCAGGUAGGCCUGUUGCUCCUCAUGCUUAUAACAAGCACUCUGGUCAAGGUGGAUAUGAUACUUCUGGAAACUCAGUGGCUUUGGAACAUAAUAAGCCCUCACAUUAUCAGGAAACGCAAAGGCCAUACAAGGUUCUCUUAAAUCCCCAAAGUGGAAGGUUCGGGGAAGAUGAAGCAACCCGGAAAGAAUUUCUAGGGAACAGGCUCCCGAAUCCAGAGGAGGUAGCUCAACAGAUGCAAACUUCCAAAAACAACAGGAGAGAAAACAGCAAUGAGGCAAGUGGUGAGGUACAACCUAUUAAGGCAGAAAAUGCUACCCCUGAAGAUCCUAGUUUGAUUCAGAAGAUAGAGGGCUUAAAUGCAAAAACUAGAACUAUUGUUGGUUGGCAAAAUGCGUCAUCUGUCAUCAAUAGAGAUCAGCAGGAAAGCAAUACACGUGCGGUCAAUUCUGGAAACUCUGUAAGUAAAGUUUCAACCAGAUUUCCUCGAACUGGCCAUGCAAGUGAUGGUAACGCUGAGCUGGCAGCUAUUAGUGGAACUGCCUUGUCAUCCAGGAGAUCUACUCAACAGGCUCAAGGCAGAGCAGAUGAUCAGACCAAACAAAGAGUGAACAGUGAAGGCAAUGAUGGUUGGCAGAAGACAGUGGUUAUGUCAGGCUCCUCCCCUGCAACUUCAGCUGCAAACUCAGAACGCUUUGCUGAGGUAAAUGUAGGGGACUCUUUGGAGACCGAUUACAUCAGAAAGCCUGGGUCUGGAAUAUCUGUCGACCCAAACGACAACGAGCGUGCUAUGAUGAGAGAAUUAGCCAGGCAGCGUGCUCAACAGAGGCAGAAAGAGGAGGAAGAAAGAGCAAGAGAUCAGCGGGCUAAGGCUCUUGCAAAACUAGAAGAGUUGAAUAGACGUUCCCAAGUAGCUGGGGAGGGUUUAGUCAAGAACUUGGAAGCUGCAUCCAAUGCUUCUGUCUCUGAGAUGUCAGAAGAUCCUCGGUCUCUUUCGCCUGCACUUCAGGCAUCAAAACCUGAUGAUGUACAUGUCCCUUCAUCUAAUGCGUCUGUCCCUCCGAUGCCAGAAGAUCCUCGGUCUCGUUCACCUGCACUUCCGGCAUCAAAACCUAAUGAUGUACUUGUCCGUUCAUCUCUUGAGAAGAAGACCACCGUUGCAGCUGCAAAGUCCUUAGAAUGUACUGGAGAAUCAAGAAAAACCUCAAUGCAAGACCUGACAACUUCAACAGAAUUUGCAAAUAAUGUGGACCCUACUCAACAGGAUAAUCUUCCACGUGAUCGUGAUGGUGCUGCCGCAAAACCGAAGCGCUUGGGUUAUAAGCAGAAGCAAAAUAUCGUAUUUGAGAAAAAAAUGGCUGGGAACUCUUUCUCUGCUGCUGCUACAGAGGUGUGCGAUGUUGUUCCAUCUCCUGAGGUAUCCAGGGAAGGUGUUCUAAGUUAUGACUCAGACAUGCCAGCAAUGUCAAGCGUUUCAACUGAUACAACUUUCACGAAAAGAAAAAAUAACAGGAAUGGUAAGAAAAAGCACAAGAUUGAGGAGACAACAACAGUAAACCCGACCAGAGUUGCCGUUGGAAAAGAAACAAAAUCGGGAGAUGAGCCAGUUGAGACUGGUAGCGCAAGGGCAGCAGAAACGGAGCUGGGGUCUGUUUCAGUUCCAAGGUUGGAUAUCAAAGUGUCUGGUAAUUCGUCUGAACAAAUCAGUUCCUUCACUAAUGAAGAGUCCCAAAGCAGAGCGAAAAGCAACUGGAAAUCUCAGCAUUUGCGUAGAACUCAAAGAAACUCACUGGUAAAUAAGCCUGCAGAGAAAAUUCCUGGCAGCAAUGCUGUUAUUUGGGCUCCGAUACAUCCACAGCAGAAAGUUGAUAUCUCCACAGGUGUAGGGAGUCAGAAUACUGAUCCUGAGUUUGGCACCUCUUCGAAGAGUCUGCAUCAAGGGCAGACAAGCUCUAAAAGCAAAAGAGUGGAGAUUGAAAGAUAUGUAGCAAAGCCCAUAGUAAAGGAAAUGGCUGAGCAAACCGUCAGUAAAAAGCUAAUACCCGGUGCUCGAGAAAUGACAGAGAAUGUUUUGAAGAAAGAAAAUUGUGGAGGUGAAGGUACAGGAACUCUUCAACCUUCUGGUUCAACUGCGGGGAAAUCUGGGUCUCCUUCAAAGUCAAGACAUGGGAAUGGUAGGCAGGGCAAGCAUGGUAGAGAACAUGGCUCAUGGCAUCAGCGAGGUUCUGCAGCAUCUACCAAAGCUUUGGAGGAAGGACAAUUUCCAACCUCAAAUCAGCGUACUCGACGAACAGUGAACUAUCACACAAGUAAUCAAACCGAACAAAUUGCUGUAGGCUCUGCCAAGGAUCAAACCACAAGUAAUGAUGAUGGGUGGAACGAUGGCUGGCAUAUGACUCCUGAAACGCAUUACUCUGCUGCUGAAGAAAUGGAAGCAAGUGUUCCUCAAGCUGUUGUUGUUGGAAAAGAACAGGGAAUGAGCAUCCACGGUAAGCAGCAUGCUUUUAAAAACAAUAAGGGUGGAGGAAGUAACUAUGGUGAUCCUAAAAAAGCGAAUAAGAGGGAUUUCAGUAAAGCUCAUAUGCAGCCCAGUGGCCAUGGGUUAGGUCAACCAGAUCUGCCUGUUGCUUCAAAAGAAAGCCGUGGCUCUGGGGACCAUGUGUCGCACUCAGCAGGUCCCCCUAAUAUUAAUAAGACAGGCAAGUAUGGUGGUCGUGAAAAGACGAGGGACAAAACUUAUGUAUCUCAGAAAAGGGAUUUUGUUGGAUACGAAACUCAAGGGUUUACUUCAGAACAGAAAACGACAUCAGCUGAUAUACCUGCCCAGUCUCAAAACCGAUCGACCACUAAGGAGGUCCAGGUGGAGCAAAAUCCGAGUAGUAUGUUCCAAAAGAACACAGGCCAAAGUCGACGGUUUGGAAGAGGACAGGAGUCACAAGGAGGUUGGGGUUCAUCGGUGCAAGAGAAUAUGCACCAUCACCACCAUCAGAGGCCACAUUCCAACAGAGAUAGACAGAAGCAAAAUAUGCAUUACGAAUACAAGCCUGUUGGGUCACAUACUCAUGACAAAGAACACAAUCGAGAACAAAUGAAAGACUGUUCUCAGACUGAAGGUUUAAGAUACAGGGAGAAGGGACAGGGCCACCAAAGGCAUGGUGGACAAAAGUUGUAUCAACAGCAAAGGGGUACUGCUGGGAGAAACACGGGUCCUGGAUUAACCGAUGAUUGAAACUAAGGUUGGCCUCUUUGUUCUGUUGUUCAGUCCUAGCUCUAACUCAUGGCGGGAGGGUCCAACUAUUAUGUUUUGGCUAGAGAGAGGGGGGCGAUGGAAGCUGCGACGCUGAAGCUUAUUGCAUUUGCUGAUAUGGCCAUUUGAGGCGACUAUUUCGUAGGCAUAUAGCUUGGGUGAUGUUUGCAAAUGAGUAGAUAACAAAGUCUUCGCUUUGCUUGAGGGUUUUAUGUAUGUCAGUACCUUAUUUGAAUAUGCAUCUCAAUUUUAGCUUUUUGUGAGGGCAUGUCUAUGUUAUGGAUUGAGAAACAUUGGUCUAGGAGCCUAAUUUUAAUAAGAUACUCUUAAAAAAUUAUUU